UCUCCCGUCUUGGCUGACAACUCCCAAUACCAAUUUUUCAAGGAAAAGUGUAGCGAUGGCUCCCACAACCACGACUCUCACGGCAAUUGCUGACGAAAAAACUCUGCGUGCGAGCUUUGUGCGCGACGAGGAUGAGCGUCCCAAGGUAGCUUACAACCAGUUUAGCAACGAAAUCCCGGUCAUAUCUCUGGCCGGGAUCGAUGAGGUAGAUGGCAGGAGGUCCAAGAUUUGCAAGGAGAUUGUUGAGGCUUGCGAGGAUUGGGGGGUAUUCCAGGUUGUUGAUCAUGGGGUUGAUACUCAGUUGAUUUCGGAGAUGACCGGUCUUGCCAGAGAGUUUUUCGCUUUGCCCCCGGAGGAGAAGCUCCGGUUUGACAUGUCCGGUGGUAAGAAGGGCGGUUUCAUCGUCUCUAGCCACCUCCAGGGAGAAGCAGUACAAGACUGGCGUGAAAUUGUGACAUAUUUCUCAUACCCACUUAGGACCCGGGAUUACUCAAGGUGGCCGGACACGCCGGAGGGGUGGAGGGCAGUGACGCAGCAAUACAGUGAGAAGUUGAUGGGGCUGGCGUGCAAGCUUCUGGAAGUGUUGUCAGAGGCUAUGGGCUUAGAGAAGGAAGCCUUGACCAAGGCCUGUGUAGACAUGGACCAGAAGGUUGUUGUCAAUUUCUACCCCAAGUGCCCUCAACCCGACCUCACCCUGGGACUCAAGCGUCACACUGAUCCCGGCACCAUCACGCUCUUGCUUCAGGAUCAGGUGGGUGGGCUCCAGGCCACCAGGGACGACGGCAAGACCUGGAUCACCGUUCAACCUGUUGAAGGUGCCUUUGUGGUCAACCUUGGAGAUCAUGGCCAUUAUUUGAGCAAUGGUAGGUUCAAGAAUGCAGAUCACCAAGCAGUGGUGAACUCAAACUGCAGCAGGUUGUCCAUAGCCACAUUCCAAAAUCCGGCACCUGAGGCAACAGUAUAUCCAUUGGCAGUCAGGGAGGGAGAGAUGCCGAUUAUGGAGGAGGCGAUCCCGUUUUCUGAGAUGUACAGGAAGAAGAUGAGCAAAGACCUGGAGCUUGCCAGGCUAAAGAAGCUGGCCAAGGAGCAGCAGCAGUUGCCGGAAGUAGAGAAGACCAAACUGGACGCCAAGCCCCUGGACCAAAUCCUUGCAUAGACUUCUGUUUCAGUUUAUGCUUGCUUGCUGCUGCCAGAUUAUUAUUCAUAGAUAUCCAUGUUCUGUUGCCUUCUACUUUUGUUGUGGUAUCUCUAUUUUAAUCAACUUGAGUGUACGCCCAUGCCACUUUUGAUAUUUGUUUCCAUACAAAAGUUCUACUCUACUCGUAAUAGAUUGGAAAAUAAAUGGAAUAUUGGGUU